AUGGCGACCGACAUAGCCACACGAGAGCUUCACGAGCCCGUUACCAUUGCCGAGUACCUCUUCCAACGACUGCAUCAGGUCGGGGUUCGUGCAGUGCACGGCGUUCCCGGCGACUACAAUCUUGCUGCGUUAGAUUAUCUGCCAAAAUGCGGUCUUCACUGGGUGGGGAACUGCAAUGAACUGAAUGCUGGUUAUGCUGCCGACGGAUAUGCUCGAGUCAAUGGAAUCAGUGCCCUGAUUACCACCUUCGGUGUGGGCGAGCUGUCAGCACUGAAUGCCAUCGCCGGUGCUUACUCGGAAUUCGUGCCCAUUGUCCACAUUGUUGGUCAGCCACAUACAAGAUCGCAGAAAGACGGGGUGCUGUUGCACCAUACGCUGGGUAACGGCGACUUCAACGUCUUCACGCGAAUGAGCUCCGGGAUUUCCUGCGCCAUGGGUAACUUGGCGGAAACCCACGAAGUGGCAACCCUCAUCGAUAAUGCCAUCCGCGAAUGCUGGGUUCGCAGUCGGCCGGUUUACAUCACCCUUCCGACCGACAUGAUCGCCAAGAAAAUCGAGGGUCAACGACUCAAGACCCCGCUUGACCUUUCGUUGCCCCCCAAUGACCCGGAGAAAGAGGACUACGUGGUGGAUGUGGUUCUGAAGUAUUUGCAUGCGGCACAGAGACCGGUGAUUCUCGUGGAUGCCUGCGCCAUUCGCCAUCGCGUGCUUGAUGAGGUUCAUGACUUGGUGGAAGCCUCCGGGCUGCCUACCUUUGUGGCCCCGAUGGGCAAGGGUGCCGUCAACGAGACACUCAAGAACUACGGCGGUGUUUAUGCCGGAACUGGAUCGAACCCCGGGGUUCGUGAGCAAGUCGAGUCCUCGGAUCUCAUCCUGAGCAUCGGAGCCAUCAAAUCCGACUUCAACACCUCGGGAUUCUCUUAUCGCAUCGGACAGCUCAAUACCAUUGACUUCCACAGUACCUAUGUGCGCGUCCGCUACUCCGAAUACCCCGAGAUCAACAUGAAGGGCGUUUUGCGGAAGGUAGUCCAGCAGAUGCGCUCGCUUAAUGUCCAGCCGGUCUCGCACCUCUCGAACGCCUUGCCCGACGAGGAGAAGAACUCUUCCAACCAGGCCAUUACCCAUGCUUGGCUUUGGCCAAUCGUAGGACAGUGGUUGAAAGAGAAAGACAUCGUCAUCACGGAGACUGGCACUGCUAACUUUGGCAUUUGGGAUACCCGGUUCCCGGCCGACGUCACGGCUAUUAGCCAAGUCCUUUGGGGUAGCAUUGGUUACUCGGUUGGGGCCUGCCAGGGAGCUGCGUUAGCUGCCAAGGAGCAGAACCGACGUACCGUCUUGUUCGUUGGCGAUGGAAGUCUGCAGCUCACUCUGCAAGAGAUCAGCACCAUGAUCCGAAACAAGCUCAACCCCAUCAUCUUUGUUAUCUGUAAUGAGGGUUAUACGAUUGAACGAUACAUCCAUGGAUGGGACGAGAGCUAUAACGACAUUCAGCCAUGGGACAUCAAGGGUCUCCCCACCGUUUUUGGCGCCAAGGACCAGUACAAGGGAUACAAGGUCCAGACCCGAGAUGAGCUCGUUCAACUUUUCGCUAACCAGGAGUUUUCCUCGGCACCUUAUCUUCAGUUGGUGGAAGUCCACAUGCCUCGCGACGAUGCUCCGGCGGGCUUGAAGAUCACCGCUGAAGCGGCAGCAGAGAGAAACAAGUAA